AUGGCUUCUAAAGCAUUUUCACUCCUUUUAUUCACUCUCCUCCUCCUUCCUCUUCUUUCUCAUGGAACUUCAAGAAACACCAAUAACAAGAAAUCGUCACCCUUUGAUUUUCUCAAGCAUUUACAAGGAUGUCACAAGGGUGACAAUGUCUCAGGCAUCAAAGUCCUAAAAAGUUACCUUGAACAAUUUGGUUACUUGAACUAUAGCCAUUCCAAAAAGCAAAACCAUGCCAAUGAUGAUGAUUUCGAUGAACCCCUAGAGUCGGCCCUUAAAACUUACCAGCUAAAUUUCCACCUCAACACCACUGGGACUUUGGAUGCCAAAACAGUAUCCAACAUGAUGAUGCCUCGUUGUGGUGUGGCUGAUAUCAUCAAUGGUACAAAUUGGAUGCGUUCAGACAAUAAAAAACAUGACCACAACCAUGGCUCUUUACACACUGUUAGUCACUAUACCUUCUUCCCUAGAAAGCAAAAAUGGCCAGCUUCUAAGUACAGCCUUACCUAUGGAUUUCUCCCUGGCACCCAAACUAGAGCCAUGAGCCCUGUUGCAAAAGCUUUUCAAAAAUGGGCUGCCAACACACACUUCAAAUUCUCGCGAGGUCAAGACGACACAAAGGCAGAUAUCAAAAUUGGUUUCCAAAGUAGGGAUCAUGGAGACGGGUCCCCUUUUGAUGGAACUGGUGGAGUCCUUGCCCAUGCUUUUGCUCCAACUGAUGGAAGAUUCCAUUAUGAUGCUGAUGAAAAAUGGAGUGUGGGAGCUGUUCCUGGUCAAUUUGACUUGGAGACUGUUGCUUUGCAUGAGAUCGGGCACCUUCUUGGGCUCGGACAUAGCAAAGUUCAAGGGGCUAUUAUGUGGCCUAGCAUUUCUCCAGGAGGGACCAAAGGUUUGGACAAAGAUGAUAUCAAUGGAAUUAAAGCCUUAUAUAAUGUUUAA